CAGGCGUCCCUGGCCCGUCCCUCCCCACGCUGGAGCCUGGCCCUGCACCGCUGCUCGGUGACUCCGUCCUCACGCCCGGCCACGGGGCCUGCCCUGGCGCUGCUGAGCGGGGGCUGCCCCGCCGACGCCUCGGUCGCCUUCCAGCCGCCGCACGCCGGUGCCGCCCAGCCCGCGCGCUUCAGCUUCCGCCUGCGUCCGGUUUUCAACGCCUCGGUGCAGUUCCUGCACUGCCAGCUGAGCCGCUGCCGCCGCCUCCAGGGAGUCCGCCGGACGCCUUCGCCUCUGACUCCGCCAUCUCGGUGUCUUCCUCAGGGGGAGGCGUGCGCGGGCGCGGGCGGCGGCAGCGGGGACAGCCUGAGCGCCGACAGCUUCCACCUGCACACGCUGACGCAGCCCAUCGUGGUCACCGUGCCGCGGCCGCCCCCCAGGCCGCCCAAGGGCGUCCCGGGCAGAGCCGUGCGCCCCGAGCCACCUGCGCCAGCCCCCGCGGCCCUGGAGCCCGCGCCGGUGGUGGCGCUGGUGUUGGCAGCUUUCGUGCUCGGCGCCGCGCUGGCUGCAGGGCUCGGCCUCGUCUGCGCGCACUCAGCGCCCCCGCCCGCCGGCCCGCCCCCGAGAGCCUCGCCCAGCGGCCCCCAGCCCAGGAGGCCCCAGUAGGCAGGUUAGUGCGCUCCUUGCAAGGUCUGCAGAUGCGCCCCGCCAUGGGUUCCGGAAUAGGUCUGCCACAAUCAGACUCGCCAGCCUGGACAUCGGACCCAAUGGAACCUUGCUCUUCUCCCCUGCCCUUCCUCCUUCCUUCUCCCCACCUGGGUUCAAAAUAAAUCUCUGGACUGC